GAAGCUCACGCCCUCCCCGGCUUGCAUCGCUCCCUUUUGCGAGACGCUCAGUGUACACUUUGCCAGGCAACUCUUCUUCGCCUUUGCGGGCUCCUUCCUCUCUGACUCUUUGCUGAGAAGAGACGGCAAACAGUCCUCUGCGUAGAACGCGGGGCUCCUGCUUUCCAGUGAGAGCGUUGUUCUCGGAGGAGGAGGCGGAGGAAGGCUGUGGCGGCGGUCGCUCCCCCGAGUGGCAGUAGGGGUGGCUCUUUCUGUGACGGCGUGCCAUGCGACCUGAGCGCUAAGUGGAGUAUGCUGCAGACGAUUUACGAGAGCGAGUCAAGUUUCUCCACAACGGACGACCGCAUUGGAGCCCAGACGCUCCCCAACCAGAGCAGGAUGCACAACGUGAACAACUCAGCCUCACACGCUCGUCCAUCCUCCGUGUGUUUGCCUCUCUCCCUCGCUCCCUCUCUUUCACACUCUCAACUCUGGACUCAGCCAGUCUCUCGUUCUGCGUGUGCAAAGACAACUCUCAGCUGAGCUAAGAGGUAGGAAGCAGCCACUUCUUCCAGAUUCCAGUGGAGAUAAAGUCUGAAGUGCCGCUGGUAGUGGAACCUCUGUCUCCGUUGGACCUACGAACAGACCUGAGGAUGCUGGGGCCAGGCUCGGACCCGGGGCUCUGGGAGAGGCAGCUCCAGCAGGAGCUCCUGCUUAUCCAGAAGCAGCAGCAGAUCCAGAAGCAGCUACUCAUCAGCGAGUUCCAGAAGCAGCACGAGAAGUUAACUCGUCAACACCAGGCUCAGCUCCAAGAGCACCUCAAGCUUCAGCAGGAGCUCCAGUCCAUGAAACAGCAGCAGGAGCUUGCAGAGAAGGAGCGGCGUCUGGAGCAGCAGCAGAAUCAACAGCUCCAACAGAACCAGCAGCAGAACCAGCAGGAGAAAGAGCUGGAGAGACAUCGGCGAGAGCAGCACAUCUCCUGCUUGAGCCUUCGGGCCAAAGAGCGCGCCAGAGAGAGUCUCGCAGGUGCAGUGGCCAGUACGGAGGUGAAGCAGAAACUCCAAGAGUUUCUGUUAAGCAAAUCAGCAAAGGACCCUGCCAGUAAUGGCGGCAAUCAUUCGUUCAUUCACCACUCUAAGCUCUGGUACAGGUCCUCCCAUCACACAUCCCUGGACCAAAGCUCUCCCCCCCUGGGCGGCAUGUCCCCUACCUGCCACUACACUCUGCCAUCACCCAUUGACAGCAAGGACGACUUCCCCUUGAGGAAGACAGCUUCUGAGCCCAACCUGAAGGUGCGGUCCAGACUGAAGCAGAAAGUCGCCGAGAGGAGGAGCAGCCCCAUGCUCAAAAGGAGAGACGGCAACCUCAUGACGCCUUACAAGAAGAGGGCGCUGGAGCUCAUGGAUUCUACGCCCACAAACAGUGCCCCUGGCUCGGGCCCCAGCUCCCCCAUAGGGGCCUCCAGUGCCUUGGGGGCUGAAAACGGACCUUCCUCUUUGCCUACCACCACAAAAACUGAGCGAUGGCCUUCACAGCCAAGAUUAUUCCGGCCCGAGAACUCAAUGUCGGUCUUGAGUUUGUACACAUCUCCGUCCCUACCCAACAUUUCCUUGGGGCUUUCCGCCGCAUCUUCUCCCCUGAAUGCGGCAAUGGGCUUGAAGGACAGAUCAGCAGAAAUAAAGCAUGGACUUCCGGGACAUCUCCUGGGUCCUGUUCCCCUUCACGCAGGUCUUGAGUCCAAAGUGAGUCCCAGUCACCAGGCUCUGCUGCAACACCUCUUGCAGAAGGAGCAGAUGAGGCAGCAAAAGAUGCUCUCCGCUGGACCGCCAGGCCCCGUGUCAUCCCACCCUCCGUCCCCUUUGGCCAUGAAGGAUCGCCCUCCUAGCAGCCGCCCCAAACUACCCAAACAUCGGCCCUUGAACAGGACCCAGUCUGCACCCCUCCCCCAGAAUGCGCUGGCCCAACUAGUCAUCCAGCAGCAACACCAGCACUUCCUGGAGAAACAGAAACAGUACCAGCAGCAGAUCCACAUGAAUAAGCUGCUGUCCAAGUCCAUCGAGCAGUUACGUCAGCCCAGCGCACACCUGCAGGAGUCUGAGGAGGAGCAAGAGGAGCGCAUGCAGGAGGACAGGCUGCCCCCCGGAGGAGUCAUCCGGAAGCACACGCUCAGCAGCAGCGGCAGCAGCAGCGGCGGCUCCAGCGUGGAGCUCCCCGACGCCCACUACGAGGUCAUCAAGGUCAAGGAGGAGCCGGCGGACAGCGAGGACGAGGCGCUGGCCAAUCAGAGCUUAGCGGCCGAGAGGAGCGCCUAUCUUCACCAGGUCAAAGGGAGACUGGUGAUAAGAGCCAUGAUCUGAGGACGGGGAGGAGGUCACACACUCCGACAUUCGCAGAUAAACACCUCACACACACACACACACACACGCACACACACACACUGCACUGUACGAAAAAUGAUCCCUUUGAGACUCCCGUGCCGUCUGCCCAACGCUACAUUUUGAUGUAAAUAUUACCAAGAGCUGCUUGUGGUUGUUUGAGCGUACAUAUAUUGUGUAAGCAUAGCGCGCCUCCAGAGCAGUGUUUUUCAACCACUGUGCCGCGGCACACUCGUGUGCCGUGAGAUACAGUCUGGUGUGCCAUGGGAGAUUGUCUAAUUUCACCUAUUUGGGUUCAAAAUAUUUUUUGCAAACCAGUAAUUGUAAUUCGCAAAUAAUGUGCUAUUAUUGAGUGUCGGUGUUGUCUAGAGCUCGGCAGCGUAACCGUGUAAUACUCUUACAUAUCAGUAGGUGGCAGCUGGUAGCUAAUUGCUUUGUGGAUGUCGGGAACACGUCGUGUGAGACGACGAGGGUUUGCCGUCGUAUCUAAUGCUUAAACCAAAACUAAACAAAAGAUGAGUGCACCCAAGAAAAGGUAUUGAAGCUUAGAGAUGGCUAUACAGAAUGAAAAAAGAACCUAACUGGAUACAAAGUAAACAAAAACAGAAUGCUGGACAACAGCUAAGACUUACUGUGGAGCAAAGACGGCGUCCACAAUGUACAUCCGUUCAUGAAAUGACAAUCAAAUAUGCCCCCACAAAGGAUAGCAACAACUGAAAUAGUCAUGAUUGCUAAAACAUAGCAGAUGCAGAGACUAGCGCUCAAAGGAAGACAUGAAACUGCUACAGGAAAACACCAACAAAACAGGAAAAGCCCCCGAAAUAGGAGCGCAAGACACAAACUAAAACACUGCACACAGGAAAACGGCAAACAACUCCAAAUAAGUCACGGCGGUGACAGGUCAUGACAUUACACCUACUUUGAGACAAGAGCUAUAGUGAUGCAUGGUUGGUUAUGGUUUAAAGCAGACCUGGGCAAAUUACGGCCCGGGGGCCACAUACGGCCCGUUGAGCUUUUCGAUUUGGCCCGCCGGACAUUCCCCUAUAAUUUUUUUGGAUCUUUUGAUGUGCACUCAUGUUUUCUAAAGACCGUAAGUCUUCAACUAUACAAAGUAUUUCAAUAGUUGGAAUCUGCGCUUAUGGAUGAUAUACUAGAUGCUAUGGUCAUGUAAUUAGUUACUAUGGUCAUGUAAUUAGUUACUAUGGUCAUGUAAUUAGUUACUAUGGUCAUGUAAUUAGUUACUAUGGUCAUCUAAUUAGUUACUAGGGUAAUCUUUGUCACAGCAGCUCAGACGAGGCACCAAGCAGUGUGGGCGGGAAGCGUUUCCAAAGACGCGGAAGGAGAUUUUCAUAGAAUAGAAUAGAAAGUAUUUUAUUGAUCCUUGGGGGGAAUUCAGCAAAUAUUAGAUGUAUCAGAUUGUAGGUGGGUUUAUUUUGUUCCCUUCCCGUUCAUAUUUCAUUGUUUGUUGCAUUUUUGUUGCGUUUCACUUGAUUGUAAAUUAUGUUGAUCGUAAGCGGGCGUCACAUUCAUAUUUUGUCAAUAUCCAGUGUUUUAUCCUUCAUAGAAAAAUGUAAAAUUCCAUUGAGUUUUUUAAAGCGGUCUGUCAUAAUGUUUUUAACAGUCAAUCAGACAUUAUUGUGAGGUUUUGUAUUAGUGUUCCUAAAAAUAGAUGUACCGGCCCACAGACUAUUUUUUUUCUCUCAAUGUGGCCCCUGAGUCAAAACAAUUGCCCAGGCCUGGUUUAACACUUGCGACAAUGACUUUUUACUGUCAAUAUCUCUACGGAGUUUCAUUUUUUUAAUGUUUUCUGCUGGUUGUGUGCCUAUGGAUUUUUUCAACGCACAAAAUGAGCCUCGGCUCAAAAAAGGUUGAAAAACACUGCUCUAGAGGACGGGGUUAGCAGGUGCACGGCGUGGACGAGACAGUGUGUGCAACCUUUGUGCACACUUCCACUCAUCUUUACGGUGUGCUGUUCCUAGGAAAAAAAAAUGUUACGGGGCGAACACGUGUCUUAGCCAGAAUGUACAAAGUAAACCCUGACAGAAGAUGUUCCCCCGUGUGGGAGCCAUGUUGCCAUUGGAGGACACGCCGAUGCCGGGGUUGCGGUGGAAACUGGAACGCACAUGCAUCACCCAACACUUCCUCAUCUGCGCGCCUGCCUCUUGGAGAGCUCUCCUCCCUGCGGGUCCAAAUGAAGAAAAAAAAAAGCUCCUGCCCAGCUUUCAGCAGAGGAGUCAGACAGCGAGCGCGAGAGGGCCGGGCAGGAAAUGCCUUCUAGGAGCCAGGAGUCGGGAGUGAUUCAUGUGUGUUGGAAUGUUUGCGAGAGAGGAGGGCCUCGGCUCGCCUUCACAAUUGAUUUAGUGUCCUGGCGCAUUACAAAGUGAUACGGUCGAGGGAGUCCUGUACUCGGGAGAUGGCUUCCUCUGUGAUCCCCCAGUGGCGUGCGUCUACCUCCUCACGCGGCGUUGUUUCAUGGCCGCUGACGAGGAAGGAAAAACAAACUUUUCUUUUAGUUCAUGAAAAAGCGCCCACUGCGACAUGUAUAGUCUGUCUUCAAGUGAAACGUGUUGGAUAGCUGUAAACCUUCUCCGUUCAUUCGUACCGUCGACGAGGUGGACAACUGCUCGUGGUUCUUUUCCACUGUCUUGUCUUAUUGUCAGGUGUCCAGGUUCAAUGUGCCGUAGCCAAAGUAAACACCACAACAAUGUGAGUCCUGUCCUUGAUGGGACUGUGCCGACAACUCCUGCACUGUUACAGAUGGAUGGUGAGGGUGGGAUGGAGAGUGGGGGGAAGGUCCUGGAACUCUGUUCCUCGCGGUUUGUCUUUUUUUUUCCUUUGGCCUUGUGUGACACGUUUUGUUGUUUUUUUUUUUUUAAAUUAAUAAAAGUCAAUUUACCUUCAA